CUUUCUUUCUCAUUUAAAACCCCACUCCAUUUAAACUCGCGCUAAAACCAUUGGACUUUUUUUUUUUUCACGUCUAAAUUGAAAGGAAAUUUAAUAAAGAGAGCCGCUCUACUCUUUCCUCAACGCUCCCAUCCUCCGCUUUCUAGUUUUAGUCCGCGAUCUCGAUUGCUUUCGCCGAAAUCCUGAUCGCUUCGCCGAAAUCUUGGUCUGAAUCAGGGAUGUGAAGAUUAUUUACCUGCAAGAUUUUGUUGCUAUAUGAUGGUCUUUGUGCUGCUUAGUCGAUAGAGGCUACAAGUAAACCACAUUGUUUUAAAUUGGGUAUCUUAUAUAGGGAUGGAUGAUGAUGAUAAUCAAAGCAAGAAUGCCACUGAAAGUACAACAGUCUCUCCCAAAAAUGAAAAAGAUAGUUUACCAAAAUCUCUGCAACGGAGAGGGUUCUUCUCGUUCAUUUGGAAUGGGAUCUUUGGGAGGCGCAAUGAAGACUUUGAGAAGAAGCUACAAUAUCUUUCCAAGGAAGAAGCCUCUGUUCAUGCAAGGGCGAAGAGGAGAAUGGCAAGUUGGCGAAAGAUGUCGAGGAACCUCAUCGUGUAUGCUGUGAUUUUUGAAGUGGUUGCUGUGGCGUAUGCAAUUAUGACAACAAGAUCAUUGGAUUUGACAUGGAAAAUGAGAGCACUCAGAGUACUACCUGUGUUUAUGGUUCCUGGGCUCUCCGCUGCUAUUUACUCGAUGAUGGCUAGUUAUGUAAGAAUGCGGGAUAGGAAAGAUAAAAAAACUCUUGAAAGGCUGCGUGCUGAAAGGCAAGCCAAAAUUGACGAACUUAAAGAGAGGACAAAUUAUUACUUGACACAACAACUUAUUCAGAGAUAUGAUCUUGACCCUGCAGCAAAGGCUGCUGCUGCAAGCGUUCUAGUGUCCAAGCUCGGGGCAGACUCAGGCGUUAAAGUAGUUUUAGAAGAAGAUCCAAAGCUUAAUGCAACUGAAGGCAAAAGCAACAGCAUUGAGGUCAUGCAAGCCAAUGAUCUUCGAAAAAGGAAGCAAUCUCACGAAAGACAUAGCGAGAAAAACAUUUUGAUGGAGCAACAACCUGUUGAAGGUGACCCUAACAUUGAGAGGGACCUACAGAGCCCACCAGUUGUUGUGGAGCACCAUCCUGGAUCGACCAAAAAUGACGGUGGUUGGAUUGCUCGUAUAGCUGCCAUGCUUGUCGGAGAGGACUCAACUCAGUGUUAUGCCCUUAUAUGUGGCAACUGUCAUAUGCACAAUGGAUUAGCAAGGAAAGAGGAUUUCCCAUACAUUACCUACUACUGUCCUUACUGCCAUGCCCUUAAUGGUUCCCGUCGGACUGAGGCUCAUGGUUCCUUGCGGGAGUCGAAUUCACCAUCUGCCAUUGAUGGUAAUAUUGGCAUUGAGUCUAGUGAAAAAACAAAUGGCCAAGACAUGGGCCAUGUAAAAGAAGCUGGCCAAGUAGUGGCUUCUGAUGGGGAGCAGGUAGAAACCAAUAAUGGAAAUGGCGUGAAUUGAGGAAGCGGUACUCUCUCUGUCUCAUCAUUUGUCUUGUUCUUUUUUUUUAACCAUAGAAUGAUUGCUGUGUGGUUCCUCUUGCUCCAUUCUCAUAUCAGCUAUUUGCUUUCUCUCGCCGGAGUGCUCUCUCUCUCUCUCUCUCUGUAAUAUCAUUGUUCCUUUUUUCAUAUAGGAUUCGUUUUCUUGCGGGUAUGAUGUGUGCUGAGCAUGAUGGGUUUGCUUUUUCAUAGCAAGGCCUUUUCUGUUUGUUGUAUUGUUCCAUCACAGCAGUAGUAUGAUGGAAAGCCUUUUGUUAGGUUUGGAUGUACUGCUAGUUGAAAGAAAGAAAAGCUAUCUAUUUAUCAAUAUAAACACAAAUUUUUUUGGAAAA